GAGGUUCCCGCGAAGGGGAGCAGCGGCGUUAACCCCUGCGCCGCGCCGCGAGUGCCGAACUCCCCCCCGGAGCGGGGCAAGGCCGGGAGCCCUCUGAUGGCUGCAAAAUCCGGGAAAGGUUUAAGAGGCUCCAUCGACGACGUGCUGGGCGACCUCCUCGGAUACGACGAUGAAACCCCUGUUAAAUCUGCCAGAGCUUCCCAGCCGGCCGGGGGCAGCGGUGGGAGAGCCAGGGGCACCGGCUCCCCGGCCAGCAAGAAGUCCCUCCUGGAGGACGAUUUCUUCAGCAAACUCCCUGCCGAGGACAUCGAAGCUGCGGAGGGAUCCGAUGUCUCAGAUGCCGACCCGCAGGCUGUGCUGCAAACCCUGAAGGACAUGGAUGACAUGGAAGCGGAUCUCCUGGGAAUAUCAAAACCCAGUUCGGGGCCAGGGAAAACGACUGUGAAAGGCUCUGAGAAACGCGACCCUGCGGGAGGAGCAGUAAAAACUGUAGGGAAGCUGCAAACUCCUGAGAAAGGGGAGUCUGCACCUGCAAUGGAAAAGAAGCCGCUCUCAUCUCCCCCUGCUACCCGGCAGUACAAGAAAUUUAACUUUGAAGAUUUAGAUGAUCCUUUGGCAGGACUUCUAUCUGAUGAGGAACAAAACGCUCCCAAGAAGCCAGCCCUAUCCAGCACUGAAAAUAGCCCUGUGAAAAAAAUAGAACUGAGCAAAGAGAAAGAGCCUCCCCCACCCCAGCCGCCCCGGCACGCCGCGGCCCCUGUCCGCAGAAGGGAGGAGCUCGUGUUUGAGGACGAUGGCGAUGAGCUGAUGGACGCGCUGGGAUUCGGCAAUAGCCCAAAAGGAGACCCAAAGCAAGGGAGGAAGGGAGAAAAGGACGAGCUCCGUCCAGCCCGCUCCAAGCUGGACGAGUUACUGGGACGAGGCCCCGUGGCCAAAGCCCUGGAGCGGCCGGGCGUGGGAGAGCACAGGGAGUUCAAGCUGGAUCCAAAAUACCAAAAGCAGCCAGAGAAGGAAGAGCCUUGGGACGAGGAGGAUUUCAUCUUUGGGGCGUACCAGCCCACGGUGGCCUCGGCGCCUGAGGGCCGGCCGGCGCGGAGGCAGCCUGCGAGGUACCGCGCUGAGCCCGCGGCCAAACCCGACCCGCCGGACGAGGACAGCUGGCUGAGCGCUGCCCUGUCUCGCAAGAAAGCCCGAGUGCAGGCGAAGGCGCAGGAGAGAGGUGCUGAGCCCUCGGGGACCCCGGGCGAAGGGCUGGAUCCCCGCUUGGCCACUAGCCAGCCAGCCGCCCUCGCAGGCGCACCGUCACAGGCAGCCGCUCCGCAGGACACAGCAGUGAGCGUAGGCGGCUCCAGGUACCCCGUUCCCCACCUCAGCGUGCCGAAACAAGCCCCAGCUCCCCCACCGGAGUCCAGAAAGGAGGAUCCUGCAGGAGCUGCUAGUGCCCUGGCUCCCACAGCCUUAUUCCCAGAACAGCAGGAGACACCGGGCCCUGGCCCACUUGCUCAGGCUGUCGUCCCCAGGAUGCAUCUCUCGGCAGCACCACAGCCACAGGCCGAGCCGCUGGCCCUGGACUUGCUGCACACAAAGGGGCCAGGGGCUCCCAUAGCCCAGCUCUCUGAAGACAGGACAGGCUGUCAGGCAGCACUGCUCAGUGCCCAGGCCCGCAUGGCGGAGCUGGAGAGCCAGGUCCGGACGCUAGAGCUGGAGCGGAUGCAGCAGAAACUGUUGCUGGAGAGUCUCCAGCAGCGACACCAGGAAGACUUGGAUCUCCUUGAGAGUGCGCACAGGAGCCGGGUGAAGGUGGUGGAGGAGACCUACAGGCAGCGGGAGGAGCGGCUGCGGCAGGGGGAGGGGGGCGGGCAGAGCCAGGCCGCGGAGCAGGCGCGGGCAGAGCUGCUGGCGCGGCACCAGCAGCAGCUGACGGCGCUGGAGCAGCAGAGCACAGGGGAGCUGCAGCUCCUGCAGGAGCUGCAGAGGACAUCUGUCCAGGAGAUGCGCAAAGACCACGAAGAGCAGCUCCAGCGGCUGAAGCGGCUGAAAGACCAGGAGAUUGACGCAGUGACCAGCGCCACUUCGCACACCAGGUCUCUGAAUGGCGUCAUCGAGCAGAUGGAGAAGUUCUCUAGCGACCUGCACAACCUCUCACACCGGGUAGAGGCCACGCACCACACCACCUCCCAGGAGCUGGCCAUGGGGGCCCAGCAGCGUGACAAGCAACUCAAGGUGCUCCAGGACAGGCUGUCGCAGCAGCAGAGGGACAUGGAGGAAGAAUCUCGGGUCUCACCUGGAGCCCAUGAGUUGUGUCCAUCUCCCCUCUGCCUCCGGGCCCAGGAGCGGUGGAGGGCAACAGCAGAGCAAUCCAAGGUGGAAUCGCUGCAGCGCUCACUGGAGGAGCAACGGAGAGUCAUGACCCAGCAGCUCUCCAUGGAGCGGGCAGAGCUGGAGAGGGCAAAGAGUGCGUUGCUGGAAGAGCAGAAGUCGGUGAUGCAGAAGUGCUCGGAGGAGCGCCGGAAGCUGGCGGCCGAGUGGGCCGAGUUUCACACCCGGCAGCAGCUGAGCAAGGAACGGCUGGAGCGUGACAUGGACUGGGCCCUGCAGAGGGACUCCCAAAGAGAGGGCACCAUCAUGAGCCUCGCCAAGGAGCAGGCAGAGCUGAAGAUCCGGGGCAGCGAGCUGAAAGCCAAGGAGGAGCAGCUGGCAAGGGACAGGGAGCUGCUGGACCAGGCCUGGCAGGAGCUGAGGCUGGAGAAGGAGAAGGUGAACGGGGCCGCGCUGCGCAUCCGGCAGCGAGUGGAGGAGAUCGAAACCAUGAGCAAGCUCUCAUCCCAGAAGUGUGAGGAAGGAGAGCGAGCACUGCGGGAAGCCCGCAGGGUGGAGUCCGAGCACCAGGCCAGACUGCAGGUCAUGCAGCAGCACCUGGAGCAGCUGAAGCAGCAGGAACAGCAUCUGCAGCAGGAGCGGCUGAGCAUGGCUCUCCAGAGAAGUCAGCUCCAGCAGCUACGCGAGGAGCUGCCGAACAACCCCACCACGGCCCAGGACAUCAGCGCCCCCACCAAGGGCCUCUCCGGCACGCUGUGCUUUCCACCUCCCAUCACGGCAUUCCCCCGGCACAACCCAGGCAGUAGCAGGGACAGCCUGGGCACGGCAGGCCCGUCGGAGCUCUAUGCCAAAUUGCUGCUGCUGAAGCACAGGGCUGAACAGGAUCGUGAUUUCUUGGAAGAUGAGCAGUUCUUCCUGGAGACCCUGAAGAAGUCGUCCUACAACACUUCAUCUCUGUCAGCCUGAGGAGAAGGCAUCCCCACAUCCUCCCUGAGGGACCAGCUGCUGUCUGCCCUCAGGGUAGGCUGCUGUGCCAUACUCAUAGGGGGGUGGAAAAAAAGCAAACAGUAAAUAAUUCCAGUUCUCAGCUGAGAAACUGGCCUUCUUUUCUUUAAAAAAAAAAAAAAAAGCCAUGGUUUGUCUGAUCUCCAUCCUGAGGGCUGCCAGCCACCUUGGCAGAGCUGUGGCUGCAGGACUGCGCUAAUGCAAAGGGUACUGCAAACCUGGAGGAUCAGGCUCCAACGUGGUGUCUCGGCCAGCCCAGCCACAUGGUCGUGGCUCUUGCACAAGUAGCUGCCUCCCACGGGACUGGACUUUUCUCCAGUGGGAGAAGGGAGAUCAUAAAGCCUUUCCACCCUUUGGCCAAAUUUCAAUGCUCAGUAGACUUAAUGCAGCAUGGGACAGAGCUGUUCAGGCCAGGAGAGGAGGUCUCUGCCUCAAGUUUGCACUGAUGUCUGAAAUGCCUGAAUCUUCAUGGGCAGGUCAUCCCCACCAGCACCCUUUGCUGUCUCCACUGCUAUCUCUUCUCCCCAUCAGGGGAAAUGGAUCUGCUUUUGGGGGGCUGCUGAAUUAUGGCGGGGGGCAGACUGGAAUAAAA